AUGCUUGUUGAUAGACCCACACUGACCCUACACCUGUCUGUCCCUGUGCUCCCCCUGCCUCUGUCCACAGCCGCCAUGGGAGAGUGGGGGUUCCUGUCUUCGCUGCUGGAUAAGGUGCAGUCUCACUCCACGGUCGUGGGUAAAGUGUGGCUCAGUGUUCUCUUCAUCUUCAGGAUCAUGAUCCUCGGAGCCGGAGCAGAGAAGGUGUGGGGAGACGAGCAGUCCAACAUGGUGUGCAACACUCAGCAGCCUGGUUGUAAGAACGUCUGCUAUGACCAGGCCUUCCCCAUCUCCCACAUCCGCUUCUGGGUCCUCCAAAUCAUCUUCGUGUCCUCUCCCACCCUCAUCUACCUGGGCCACGUCAUGCACGUCAUCCACAAGGAGAACAAGCUCAGAGAACACAUGCAGACCCACUCCAGCCAAACCGCCAAAGCCCCCAAAUACUCAGACGACAAAGGCCACGUCCAGAUCAAGGGAGACCUCCUCGGAAACUACAUGAUAUCUAUAUUUUUCAGAAUUCUCCUGGAGGUGGCGUUCAUCGUGGGGCAGUACUACCUCUAUGGACGGUCGAGGACUGUGGCCGCGUCCGCCCUCUCCAUCCAGCCGCGGUUCAGUGGCAACAGCCUGAUGCAGAAUGAGAAGAUGAGUCUCACCGAUGUGCGCCACAGUAAAGCAUAA